CAACAAGGAAAGAAGCCAAAAUUUAAAAUUCAAUCAUAAGUUUCUACUUUCUCUUUCUAAAUCCUUACUCUCUCUCUACUCAGUCCAGCUGAUAGAGAUAGAGAGACUCUUACCUCACUCUGCCCCUCAAUUUUAACUAACAAUCAAUGCAGUUGUUGGGUUAGGUGCUGCUUGAUUAUUCACGCAUACGCAAUUUUCUAAGUAGCUGGAUUAGCAACUCCAUACUUUUGUCUAGGAUUGUUCAUUUGGUUUGCUUGGAGGGAAAUUCCAACUAACUAAAGCUGAGAUAAGUAGUUCGCCGGUUGCAGAGCUGUCGCCGGCUACCAGAUGAGCGCGUCCAGGUUCAUAAAGUGCGUCACCGUCGGCGACGGAGCUGUGGGUAAAACUUGCUUACUCAUUUCCUACACCAGCAACACAUUUCCCACGGAUUACGUCCCAACUGUAUUUGACAAUUUUAGUGCCAACGUUGUGGUGGAUGGGAGCACUGUCAAUCUAGGGUUGUGGGAUACUGCCGGCCAGGAGGAUUACAAUAGAUUAAGACCGCUAAGCUACCGUGGGGCUGAUGUCUUUAUACUUGCAUUCUCCCUGAUUAGCAAGGCUAGUUAUGAGAAUAUCCCCAAGAAGUGGAUUCCUGAAUUGAGGCAUUAUGCUCCUGGAGUUCCAAUAAUUCUUGUCGGGACAAAGCUCGAUCUCCGGGAGGAUAAACAGUUCUUCAUAGACCACCCUGGAGCUGUGCCCAUCUCAACUGCACAGGGAGAGGAGCUGAGGAAGUUAAUUGGUGCAGCUGCCUACAUUGAAUGUAGUGCAAAGACACAACAGAAUGUGAAGGCUGUCUUUGAUGCAGCUAUUAAGGUUGUUCUGCAGCCACCUAAGCAGAAGAAGAGAAAGAAGAAAAAGGGUCAAAAAGCCUGCAGUAUAUUGUGACUGAUUAAGAAAUGCCAAGAGAAGAGAUGAAGUUACAGGUUACUCUUACCAUGUCACUUUUCAUACCUUUGAAUUCACCGCCCCACCCUUGAGGGUGCAAUAACCUUUAGUUAUAGUCUUGACUGACUGUACUUGGGAGCUCUCUUAAAGCAUCAAAAAGUUGGUUUCCCCAUUCUCAGCCUUAGUUUGAGAUGUAUAUCUGUGAUCGAGACAUGUGAUGAUAUGGUUGUACGAUUUGUGAUUGUGUAAGAUCUUGUGCAUACACAAAGCUGUUGUUGUAUCGACAUUCUAUAACUGAGUUAGGUUAUUGAAAGAGCUGGAGAAGUUUAUCUAGAA